GAGUGAGAGUAGAGGAGGAGAAGAUCGGAGAGGGUUAGGUUCAGCAUAGUCUGUAUCUCCAAUGUUUGCUCCAGCCUCUCUCGCUGCAUGCCUUCUGCUCUUUAAUUUUACAUUCUAAAGGAAUCAACAGCACACUGUAAAAUAUUUAUUGAUGGAAAACUAGAUAAAGCUCAUCAUUACCUGUGGGCAGCCUGAUACCCUGGGCGACAGUUAUUACAAAGCUACACAGAGAAGGAUCGUACUUCACCAGCUCUCCGGAACACAGACAAACUCUCUCAUUCUGAAGAGGAUCUGAAUGGGAGUAGAGGCUAGUCACAGGGGAAGUGAUGGCUGGGGGACAUAACACAAUUCUCUGCCUUCCUUACUGCUUCUUCCACCAUUUAUAAAGUAUUAAGACAACUAUCCCAUGUCUACAAGUAAAGGACUCUGGUGAUCCAGAUGUUAUCAAAGGAGUUGCCAUGACCCACAUCAGGGUCUCUAGCCUUUGGUUCCACAUUUGGACAAAGGGGCUCUGAAGAGGGAACUGAAUCGAGUCUGCCGGAGCAAACACACAAGCUUGCACUCGCUCUCUCUAGCGGUUUUAAAAUGUUUUCGUCUUUGAUGUUCUCUGGAAUUUUACACUUGCAACCUGAAGAGGUAAAUAUCAGGAUCUCAAGAUAGAUAAGUGUAAACACAUCCCUGGAUAACAGGGAUUGGUGGAGAGAGGAGGAUUGUUUUGGAACUGACAUUAUUUUCACCCGGCGAUGACAACAGUUCAAACACAAAAGGACAAUGACAAGACUGAGCUUUGUAUGAAAGAAACCAUUGAUUUUAGUGCACUGCACUGAUGCAGCAAAGCACAUGCCUUUUGAGGGCUGGGUGUGUGCUGCUUCUGGGCUUGCAAAGUGACUUUUCUCUUUAUACCAGAAUAUUCAGCAUCCUUAAAUGUAAAGAUCAAUUAAGAAUCUCAGAAUUCUGUAGAUUAUAUUAGACUUAUAAUAAGAAACUGCUGUAGAUCCAAGGGACACAAUGGAAAUGACCUCAAAGUUACAACAUAGGGGGAUGAGGUGACUUGCUCCAAUAGGAUCCUUGAGGCGACUGACAGCUGAGUCGGAGAUGACACAGAUGGAAGUAAGCGACACCUUUGCUGCAGAUGGAAACAGAGGGCAGUGAAAGUACAUCCUGGUGUUCUAAAAUCCACCAGGUCUCACUAUAAAUAGUCACUUCUUACUGGCAGGAUAAUGCACAAAGCUGAAGUGGUGAUGUCUGUCGCUACAAUGAGAAACAUGACUGUUCACGACACACCUGACCUCUGUGACCUCGACCUGACUUCCUCUGAAGCCAUUUAUCCUAUCACCUUCCAGGUUUCCUUGACAAGCUUUCUGGUUUUGGAGAUCAUGUUGGGCCUAAGCUCCAAUCUCACGGUGCUGGUCCUCUACUGCGUGAAACAGAACCUCAUCAGCUCCGUUUCCAAUAUCAUCACCAUGAACCUGCACGUGGUGGACGUGUUGGUGUGUGUAGGCUGCAUCCCGCUGACAUCUGUGGUGAUCCUACUUCCUUUGGAGGCAGACACAGCUUUGAUCAGCUGCUUCCAUGAGGCGUGUGUGUCCUUUGCAAGUGUGGCUACUGCUGCAAACGUCCUGGCCAUCACUGUGGACCGCUAUGAUAUCUCAGUGCGACCAGCAAACCGUGUGCUAACAAUGGGUCGAGCUGUUGCUCUGCUGGGAUCUAUCUGGGCUCUAUCCUUUUUCAGUUUUUUGGUUCCAUUUAUGGAAGUGGGCUUCUUCAUCAGAUCUGGUUCAGAUCAUGUAAACCAGACUGCAAUAGUGACAGUCUCUCAUAUGAAUGAUUAUUACUCAGAGCUAGGUUUGUACUAUCACCUGCUAGCACAGAUCCCCAUAUUCUUUUUCACAGCUGUAGUAAUGCUGGUAACUUAUUACAAGAUCCUUCAGGCACUUAAUAUUCGCAUUGGGACACGGUUUCAACACAACUUACCCAAAAAAAAGCAAAAAAGCAAAAACACCAUCUCUUUGAGGACUACCACGCAAGCAGAGUCAACAGAGGCUUCACAGAGCAGCAUCGUAGGCAAGGUUGGUGGAAAUGCACCGUUAGGAAUGGGGGCAUCAGUAUCUGUCAUAAUUGCAUUAAGAAGAGCGGUAAAGCGCCACCGGGAGAGAAGGGAGAGGCAGAAACGAGUUUUUAGGAUGUCUCUGCUAAUCAUCUCUACGUUCCUUUUCUGCUGGACUCCAAUAACUGCUCUUAACACAAUUAUCCUCAGCACUGGUCCCAGUGAUGUGACGGUACGCCUUCGGCUUGGUUUUCUGGUGAUGGCGUAUGGAACCACUAUCUUUCAUCCUCUUCUGUACGCUUUCACUCGGCAAAAGUUCCAAAAAGUUCUCAAGAGUAAGAUGAAGAAGAGGGUUGUGUCUGUAGUGGAAGCAGAACCAACACCAAACAAUGUGGUCAUCCAUAACUCCUGGAUCGACCCUAGGAGAAACAAGAAGGUCACAUUCGAGGACAUUGAGGCCAGACAAAAAUGUCUGUUCUCACAGGAAGCAGAGUGACUAAUUUAAAUAUGUCAACAAUCCAGUCUGCAUAAAGAAAAGUGAAUGAACUAAAACAUGUGGAUAGACUGGAGGGUUUUAAUCAAAUAGAGGAGUGGAAAGGAAAAAGCAGUGAAUAAAAAGGUGGGAAACUUUGUGUACAUGAAGCUGAAACCAAGGUUGACAUAUGCACAUUUCCUUUGUAACUGACUGAAUGAAUGCUAAAAUGAUGGCCUCAUUAAGAAUAAAGGGAUUGGUAUGACAAUAAAAGGAGUUUUAUCUUUAUAAGCAAGAAGUUAAAGGUGAAGUACCACUUGUUGAAGGUCUUUCUAUCAGAGGAAAAAAAUAAGUAAAGGUAACUUAGUGGUAUUUAUUGUAGACUGUUGUGGACUUGAAAAUAGACUUUAUUGUUGCAACGCUGUAUUUAAGCAGUAGGUCAUGUUGCUCAGUGCUUAAUGUAAUACAGUAUGAGACAAAGAAUCAGAGAACACUUGAUGGGUACAGGAUACAGCAUUUGUCAGGAUUGCUGUGUCUGCCAUUUCCUCCCGACUGACUGAAAGAAGGGACACAGUGCAUCAAAAGAACAAGCAUUUGACUAUCUGUGCAACGUCUACUCUGUUCUUUUUAUUUCUGUUUGCAAAAAACGAUUGUUUAUUUAAAUGUUGAGAAGCUGAGUCUAAUUACAAGCUGAACCCACAGAGCCCAAGUAUGGUUAAACUGACACCAGAUGGUGCAGUGUUUCCCCUAGGACUGUCAUCUUAACAAACCCUUUCUUAUUCUUUAUGUGUCUAUGUACACUGAACAAAAAUAAUAAACGCAACACUUUUGUUUUUGUUUUUCUCCCCUACAUCGUUUUUAAAAAU